ACAGUCAUACAACAAUCCGUGAACAAUACUUCUUGGAAUCAUCGAAUUUAAUUUUCGUGAAACAUUUACAGUUUACAAUUUUUUGAUAAUUUUGUAUUGUUCAAUAUUGUUCGACUUAAAAUAAUUACUACACUUAGUUCAAAAUGGGGAAACGCCAGCAUCAGAAAGAUAAGAUGUAUUUAACAUAUACUGAGUGGUCAACACUAUACGGUGGAAGAAAAUCAGGGACGACUCUGGAAACGAGUGAAGAGAAAACGUUCAGACGUUUACCGUUUGAUCAUUGCUGUUUGUCUCUGCAACCCUUCGAACAUCCUUAUUGUGACCCACAUGGCAACGUAUUUGAAUUAGAGGCUAUUCUGGCUUAUAUAAAACAAUAUAAACACAAUCCUGUAACUGGUAAACCAUUGGAUGCAAAAAGUUUAAUCAAAUUAAAAUUUCAUAAAAAUAUGCAGGAUGAAUAUCAGUGCCCUGUUCUUUUUAAAUUGUUCACAAAACAUUCACACAUUGUUGCCAUUAAAAACACAGGAAAUGUAUUUUCUUAUGAAGCUGUUGAACAAUUAAACAUAAAAGCUAGUAAUUGGAAAGAUUUGAUAAAUGAUCAACCAUUUACACGCCAAGAUAUUAUUACAAUUCAAGAUCCAAAUAACGCGAUGAAAUUCAAUUUGUCUACAUUCCAUCAUAUUAAGAAUAACAUAAGAGUAGAAGACGAAGAAACUGUGAGAGAGCGAAAUAAUCCAAAUGCAAAAUUAAAAACCGUCUCUAUGGAAACUAAAGAAAUCUUGACAGAAUUAGAGAAAAAUUAUAAACCAACAAAAAGUAGUGAAAAAGAUGAAACAUCUAAGAAAGCUGAUAAAUUUAAUGCUGCACAUUAUUCUACUGGUGCAGUAGCUGCAGGUUUUACUUCAACAAUAAUGCCAGCGGAGACUACCCAUCAAGCAGCUGUAAUUGCAGAAGAUUUAGUGCGAUAUGAGAGAGUCAAAAAGAAGGGAUAUGUGAGAUUACUUACAAAUUUUGGCGCUUUGAAUCUGGAGCUCUACUGUGAUUUGGUUCCAAAAACUUGUGAAAACUUCAUGAAACAUUGUCAGAAUGGUUAUUACGAUGGUACAAAGUUCCAUAGAUCAAUAAGAAAUUUUAUGAUUCAAGGAGGUGAUCCAACUAAUACGGGUAAUGGAGGCAAAUCAAUUUGGGGCAAGCCGUUUGAGGAUGAGUUCAAGCCAAACUUGGUACAUCAAGGCAGAGGCAUUUUGUCUAUGGCAAACUCAGGUCCAAAUACCAAUGGAUCCCAAUUUUUCAUUACGUUUCGGUCGUGUAGACACCUCGAUCGCAAGCACACAGUUUUCGGGAAGAUAGUCGGAGGUCUGGAUACAUUGAACGCAAUCGAGAAGGUGGAGGUGGACAAUAAAGAUCGACCGAUAGAAGAUAUAAUUAUACAGGGUGUUCAAGUUUUCGUGGAUCCCUUUCAAGAAGCCGAUGAACAACUGGUUACAGAACGAGCUGCUGAAGUGGAACGAUUAGCUCAAGAAGCAAGUGAGAGUAAAACAAUGGACAAAAGGGAUAAGAACGACAAACCGAAGAUUUACCGAUCCGGUAUAGGAAAAUAUGUAAAAUUGGGACAAGAGAAAUUGGACAAACGAGACGCGAAUGCAGAACCCGCUACAAAAAAGAAAAAAGUUUUGUCGCAAUCAUAUGGAGAUUUUUCCUCUUUUACGUUCUAAUUAAUUAUAUUAUCAAAUGUGUAUAUAGCAUAUGUAUAUAGUAGGUUUUAUCGAAAUUACUAUAUAUUUUUGUUAAAUUAUAUAUAUAUAUAUAUAUAUAUAUAUAUAUAUAUAAUUUAACAAAAUUAUAGUGCAUGAAAAUAUGUUUGAAAAAUAUAUAUUUGGGUCAUGCGCAGUGUGACUUAAAAUUAGUAUUUGACAGUUUGGCAUCUGUAAAGUUUCUAACACACGAUGUGCUCAUUGGUGUGUGGAAACAUAAUAAGGAGGCACAUGUUAAUCCUGGCUGAUCUUGACAUUCAAUCUUGGCAUUCAAUCUUGGCUCUGGUUUAAUCAUCACACUCUUGGAAACCAAAGUAUCUAAUUCCUUACUAAGGUCAAACAUAGGUAUCUACUAUUCCAUCGAUACUCAGGACACGAAAAGAAUGUUGGAUAUAUACAACUAAUGGCUGGAAAUGUAACCACUCUGUGAAAACUUACAAAACAUUGAGAGAUUAAAUAAAAGAUAUUUGUUAAAUCAA